AUGGCGGCGUUGCUGAUACGCCGGGACAAGAAAUCUACUGCUGCCCAUUUAAAGGCAGACCUUAAUCGGACUGACAACAGCUCUGGUGUCCGACAACUUCAAGAGCUGCUUGAUUGUGUUCUUAAUCCAGAAAAGACAGCGGCAGACACCGAGGCUCUUGACUGGUGCAAAUGUCUAAUAGCAGGCGGAGAAGGUUUCGAGGAGUUCUGCAAAACGUUCCGGUCCUAUGACAAUGCUACUUUAUGUGGCUUGGUUUGGACAGCCAAUUUUGUGGCAUACCGCUGUCGGACUUGUGGCAUUUCUCCUUGCAUGUCACUCUGUGCAGAGUGUUUUAACAACGGCGAUCACACAGGCCAUGAUUUCAAUAUGUUCAGGAGCCAGGCUGGUGGGGCCUGUGACUGUGGAGACAGUAAUGUCAUGCGAGAAACUGGGUAAGUUUAAGAGCGCUAGCUGGCUAUUAGCUAACGUUAGCUAGCUAAUGUCAACUAGCUAGCUAGAUUGUAAUUGACUUUCUAAUUAAUUGACAAUGCUUAAUACUUGGCAUUUUUUGACAGCAACUGACAAUCAAACAAUUCAAAAAAAUGAUGGGGCAGCUAGCUAGCAAAGUUCUACCAACAGUAGGUGGGAGUAUGCUGCCUUACUGAGCGUCAGUCUAGUUUAUUUAGCUAUAAACCAUGCAACUGUGCCGUUUUGACAGGUCCCCAUCAUUUUACUGACGUAUGUUGUCACUGAACAUGCAUUGCUUGAUAAACCAUUAACCUUUAGAUUUAGCUAUACAAAACCUAACAAAAAAAUUCUUUAUUUUAGGGGGGUACUAGAUAGGCUGCGUUUAGACUGGCAUCCCAAAUCGGAUCUUUUUCACUAAUUGGUAUUUUGACCAGUCAGAUGAGCUUUUGUUAGAAAUUGCGUAAUUCAAAUCUGGUAUUGGAAUAAGAGAAAACAUAAUCAAGAGAUAUUCAAUCCAAGCUAAAUUUAUUAUAUGCAAAAUGUAUGUAUGAUAAGUAUGAUGGUUCGUAUACGGGCUCACUGAAAUACCACGCAGGGCAGACAGAGAACUAAACCAUUGUUUACAGGUUCUUUCUCAAAUACUCUGACAGAGAGUUCCCACCUCUUCUGUUGGCCAAUCAGAGUAAAGGACUGAGUGUGGUUUAGACUUUACUCAGCCAAUCCGUUGGCGCACGGGUUAGUCCCAACCCCUUGGCGCUCCACCGUUCCCAGGCAUAAGUUGCUAUCAUAAUAACCUGUAGAGUCUGCACCCAAAAGACACCCUUCCAAUCUGUACUCUAUGUACCUACGUUCAAGGACGGUUUCACAGACAACAAAGAGAGAGUGUUCGUAUCUGUAAGAAAUACAAGUCUUAUCUGUCCUACCCCCUAACGUUCCUUACAUGAAUCACAGCCUGUUAUGUGAAACAAUUUAUAUCAGUAUAGUACAAACCUAUGCUUAUCAUUAAUGCAUUCCUUCUAAGUUAUUCAUCACAUACAGAUCCAAUUAUGAGAAAAAUAGAACCCAACAAUCCCCCUUUUCACACCCACUAGGGUGUGAACCCAAAAUAAGAAAACACAGGAUGUCAGUCAUUAAAAUACAAUACAAACAAAAAGAAUCACACUUUUAUUAAUAGGCAAUAAUGAUACUGAAAAAUAAAAACCCUCAGUCCUUCCAUCUACACCCAACUUGCAAACGGUUGGCUACCAGUCACCCAGGAACUUCAAACCUUCACAUAAGGAAAGAUAAACAUUCACAAUGGUUAGCUUGAUUAAUAAAGCAUAAAACACAGGAUUAAUAGAACACAAAACAUAAGAUUAUUAAAACAUAAAAUAUAAACAGGGAAGUAAAUUUUUGCCCCCUUUAGACACCCUCUAGGGUGUCACUCCACCAAGCCUGGUUUCAUUCCUUAGGUCGGAGUCCGGGAUUGGGCCGUAUCUCACCAUCUGUUUGGAAACCACCUUCUCCAUCUCCUUUUCUCACCAACCCUCAGACACAGGGAAUAAGACAACAUCCACAAAGAACAAGUAUACCCAUAGAAGCUAUAACUUCACCCAGAAUAGUUACAACAAUAGUUUUCCAUUUACCAAAUAUGUUAUCAAACCAACCGUUUAUGGAGCUAUCAAUACCAGAGUUCUCAACCAGUUCGUUCGCCAGCGUGGUCACUCCCUGAAGCGCUUUGGUCACGGACCCGUCCGGUGCUGUGUUGUUGGAGAUGAAAGUACAGCACAGAGAUCCAAACAGAACACAAACCCCGUCCCGCUCAGCCAAAAGCAUAUCUAAAGCUAUUCUAUUCUGCCAUGUCAUUAAGCUAGUUGGUGCUGUCUGCUCAGCCAAUCCCUUUAUUGCAUCACGAGUGUGGUUUAUAAAUCUUUGCUGGUUAUAGUAAAUAUAAUUUAUCCAAUCUACGUUUUUAUUAAUUGUUGACCACCAGAAAAUACUUGAUUCAAACCCAGCUGCGAUCUGAUUCCUAGCUUUGAAUUGUUCUGGAACCCCUCGAGGUACUGCUAUCCUAUCAAUAUAUAUAUCCUUUCAUCAAAGGAUCCCGGGAGGAGGUCCCACUUUCUACGUGACAACUCACCAGUCUCUGACACGUUUGAUUGUUUGCGUAUGUAGGUGAGUUCACAAUCUGUUAUCACCACACAACCAUCAGAUGUCAGCACGGGCCUGGUUUUGGUUCCUAAAAUCCUCUGGCUGCUACAAAGAGGAGAGAUUAGUCAUGGUCUCUUUAGUUGUGAUAUUCUCUGUGUGGGAGCAGGAGCUAAGAUGCCCUACCCUGUAUCCUAUCUUAUUAGUCCUAGAAAAACAAUAAGAAUCCCCUGUGACUUCAAACUGAGGCAACCCAGGUCGGGAUGACUUUGUUAUCGGGGGAUACAGAUAGUGCAAGUUACUACAAGACUCUUUCACCACAUUCCCAGGUGGCUUGCAUGGAGGAUAAACCUGACAGAGAGUUAAAGCCUGUCAAGGGGAACGGAGUAUUUGUUAACCUUGGUUUGGCUGUCCUACAGGCAUAACAGUCCUCUUUAGACCAUAUACUGAAUCCAUUCCAACCACAGGUUAAAAUCUAUUUACUCCGUCUCCAUCUGUACUACUUCCUUCAGGUCUAUAGUUUGCACUGUCUCACUACCUCCCUCAGAGAGGUUUACUCUAUAGGGUGCCCCAGUUGAAGAGGAUAUCUCACUUGUCAGGUCUGUAAUCUGUUUUAGCAUAAUUCAGACUUUAAGACAGUACCUACCCUUAUAUGGGUCGCACUGCCAUUUCUGAUAAUUCCCUACUUUCACAAUACUACACCUGUCCCUAAACUGUGUAUGGAGAUUGACAUAUCCCCCCCCGCUUGGUAUAAGCAACUACAUAGUCCCAGGAUGUACAUGGUGACAUGCAUAUGGUGAUGUCCUUCCCUAAUGUCCCUAGUACUUCCCCUUUCCCUACGUCUAGCUGUCUCCUAUGCCUUAUCAACUUGUGUUAGGUUAACUACUACUUCUGGCUGAUCAGGAGGGUCUGUGUGUGUUAGGAAUAUGGCCCCCACAAUCAGACAGCUACCUACCGUCGGGAGACCUGUGAAUCCUCGCCCUGAGAACAUGUCAGACGCCAGAGGCCAACCCAUUGCUUCACCUUCUAUCGAACUCACACAGGGAUGAUCAGACAGGGUAAGGGAAUCUUCGUUAAGGAGCCAACCCCCGAGCCCUAGUGGUGAUCGGUUCUUUCUCCUAACUCUGUGUUUGUUUGUCAGGUGUAGCUGGGUUUACCUUUUUGCAGUGAGUGACAUGCACCCAGAUGGAUCUCUCAGCUAUUCUGCUGGCAAAGGCAGUACUUGGUAGGGCCCUUCCCGCCAGGCCUGCUUCAGUCUCCUGGUUAGAUAGAGUGGGUCACCUUCUCCUUUAGUUCACCUGUGGGGCACAAAACCUCUGACAUACAGGUGUGGUUAAUAAACUAUCUUCACACAUACAUGUUCAGCUCUCAAUUUCUAAUCUUUUUUUUUUUUUUGUAUUUUGUCCUCUCCUUCGUAUAUAUUUAUUAUUUAAUCCUACCAUCUCCUACCAUACCAUCCAUACCCCAUUUGACACAUGAUUUGCCCAUGUGUCUAUUACCACCUACCUAAACAAUCACUUAGGUAAUAUUGGUCAUUCAUUAUCCAAUUGCCAUCCCUCCACUCUCUCUUCUGUUAUUUAAUGGUUCAAAUCAAAUAUAUUAUUACCAAAUUAUAAUCUUCUUCACACUUUUUCAUAAAUGUUUAGUUAUCCCAAGUGUUCAUUAAGUCCUCAUGACAUUCAUUCUCAUAAGAAAUCAUAUAUACCCCAAACUCAGCCAAAACCUAAAAAACUCCAUAAAAUUCACUGUGUGUGCUCCUCUAAGACCUAUCACCCUUGACCUGCUGAAAACCCCCCAAAAUUUAAACAACAAGGCUUUAUAAACAUCAUACUAGGUGUGUUGUUUUUUGUUUGAAAAACCCAAUUUGAAAAAUAACAACCACAAAUAGCCAGGCCUCACUUAAUUUGGUAGCUCACUUUUAUGACCUAAAUACUGCCUAACUUCACUACUGCUCCCCUAGCCCUGGGCAACGUUCCAACGAGAUGAGCUAAUCUCUUUCUCCUGGUUAUAAUCUAAAAAUGGGAGUACACACAAAACAUGAUACAGAUAUCCCCAGUCUUAACCCAUCAAUAAUUGUUUGUAUCAAUCUAAUUCCUCAUAACUAAUCCAUAAAACCACUCAAAAUUCCUCGAGUAUACGAUGAUUAUUUAAUUGAUUACCCUAACUCUGCUACAUGUGAUCUCAUCUCAAAUGAUCCAUUAUCAAUUAUUUGUUCAACCCCCUAGGAAAAUCUGUCUCCCCUUCUAUUGUUCCUGUCCCCCCUGUAAAUGUCAUAUUUGAGUUUUUAGCCAAUACAAUCACGGUUACAUCAAAUGUUCCCUCAUUUAAUGGUAUUUUCUUCCUAAUAUAACUUCCCUAAAUGAGAUUAAAUCCCCUGCCUUCCUCUACUAUCCUUAUAUCAUUACUGGAUCAAUGAUAAUAAUUGUAAUAACUAUUUCACAUUAAAUUGUGCCUUUUUUCUGAUAAAUGUUAUAAUUGUAGCCUACUCCAUCACUUUAGUUUAAAAUAUACGUUUGUUUUAUGUAACAAUUCCAGAACCCACCACAGGCUGGCGCUAUUCCCCCAUCACAACAGCCAAUGUCACUUGCAUCCACGUAACCAAAAUACAUUAUCGUUCUAAAAUGUACCAAACAUUUAUAUUUUCCCGCUAACCCAUUUCAGUUCGCUAUUCAAUUUAUUUAACUGUUCUCUCUGAUUAUGCCCUAAUUAAUAAAACAAAUACUUGCUAUCGUUGAUAAGCAUACAUUUAAUGAUGUUCCUACCAUCUGAACUGUACUGUCUCUCACCCUCCCCUUGCUCCUUCGGGGAAAGCGCAUGGUAACCUUAUAACAUAUUUUCAUAGACCUUUCUAGAAUACUUCUAUUUAAGCUAUCUAAUUCAACCUUUCACAUUUCUCAAUCCACAUAGUAAUCUAGGUAUAUAGCCCCACUGCGAAAGCUUUGUCUACUGUCCCUACCUGUGUUCGAACCAGGGACCCUUUACAUACAUCGCCAGGCACUCCACACCAUCUGCGAUGCUCUCAAAGUAACUACUCCCAGUUCAUAGAGCAAGUGACGUCACCAAAUGAAAAUCGCAGUAGCUUUCACCUCAGCAAAAAACUCUCUCUCCCUUCACCCAUUCCCUAUUGAAUAAGUUAGUUUUUCUAUUUAACCCCAAAACACGCUACAAAUAGUCCAUUCAACAUUACCAAACUAAAUACUCAGUAGCAUCCGAUCACCACCCACACCAGCCGUUGACUUCGCCUCAUGCCACCGAAAUGCCAAAUAAACCAUAAUAGUUCAAUGGAGCCCCCUAUUGGUUCUCCACUAUUGAUACAUUACUUCCAUAACCACAUUAGUUAUGGUCCGAUUACCCAUUAAACCUUAUCACAUGAUCAAACAACGCCACAACCUUAAACUCAUAUGGGGUGGCAGGCAGCUUAGUGAUCAAUAGCGCCGCGCCAACAACCGAGAGGUCGCCGGUUCCAAUCCCCGAGCCGACCAGGCGAAAAAUCUGCCGAUGUGCCCUCGAGCAAGGCACUCAACCCCAAUCGCUCCUGCAAGUCGCUCUGGACAAGAGCGUCUGCCAAAUUACCAAAAAUGCAAAUGUAAAUAUUCUCUACUCUCUCACCCAUAACGUACGUCUACGUCCGGGUGAGCAAGUUUAGAACAUCCCUCAUCAGAAACCCACAUGCACCUCUCAAAUAAUCACCCCGUGGUGUUCCCAGCCAACUCCCAGUCUUUCCUGGCUCCAAAAGCCACACUUUCGCUCUCUCCAGCCCCUCCCCUCGCAACUCUCUCUUCCCUCUCCAGCGGGAGUGGGCUUUGAGGAGCUAUUUCUCGUUUUAGUGUUUCCAAUAUUCUGUCGUUAUUUAAAGUACUUUAAUCUAUUUAUUUAAAUCAAAUGAUUCCCACCUAAUUAGUUAAAGUUGGUGCAUGUUUAUAUUUAAACGAUCAACCGAAUUAUUUCAGUCUAAUUGUUUAACCAGUAUUUUGCAGGGUCAAACAUCAAACAUUACAUCAAAUAAUCAACAAAAAAGCCUCAACCCAAGCACCUAAAACCAGAAUUAUGCUAUGUCUAACACCAAACGGCACAGUUCAAACAUAUCAGCUCAACCGUUUCAGUUCAGUCACACAAUUCAUCACUUUGGCUUUAUGUUCCCAAUUGUUUUUAACGGGUUAUAUGGUUUAAGCAACCACAAACCCAACAGUUAUCCCCAAAUUAUACAGUUUGGACAGCCACAGACGUUUUAAUUCCCAAUUAGUUUUCUAUCAAGGUAUACAGGUUUAUCAUUCACACUCUCAUGCAUACGACAACACUUGCACUGUCUAACUUUUUAUAGUACCUCCUAUGAGUUUUAAGUCAUAGCUCGCACUGUCUAAUCUACUUUAAAGUACCUCCUAUGAGUUUAUCAUAGCUCGCACUCCCAUGGGUUUAACCAUCACAAUUAUCAAACAUUUGCAUAGUAUAUUAUGAAAUCGAAGUAGUAUACUGUAAUUGUUAUUUAUCGUACAAUAGGGUUCACUUACAUCAAACAGGUGUUUCACAAAAUUAAUUUGGAUAAAGCCAAUAUGCAGAACUUUAGUUAUAUAAACAAUAGGUGUCUGCUUACCUGUGUUUUUAGAAGCCCGGGCACUUUGUGAAACACACAGUUCGACGACAGCGAUGUCCAAUAGGCUGGAUGAAUCCCAGCGAAGUUCCGCUACCAGAUCACAGUCAGAGGUCACCAAUUGUUAGAAAUUGCGUAAUUCAAAUCUGGUAUUGGAAUAAGAGAAAACAUAAUCAAGAGAUAUUCAAUCCAAGCUAAAUUUAUUAUAUGCAAAAUGUAUGUAUGAUAAGUAUGAUGGUUCGUAUACAGGCUCACUGAAAUACCACGCAGGGCAGACAGAGAACUAAACCAUUGUUUACAGGUUCUUUCUCAAAUACUCUGACAGAGAGUUCCCACCUCUUCUGUUGGCCAAUCAGAGUAAAGGACUGAGUGUGGUUUAGACUUUACUCAGCCAAUCCGUUGGCGCACGGGUUAGUCCCAACCCCUUGGCGCUCCACCGUUCCCAGGCAUAAGUUGCUAUCAUAAUAACCUGUAGAGUCAGCACCCAAAAGACACCCUUCCAAUCUGUACUCUAUGUACCUACGUUCAAGGACGGUUUCACAGACAACAAAGAGAGAGUGUUCGUAUCUGUAAGAAAUACAAGUCUUAUCUGUCCUACCCCCUAAUGUUCCUUACAUGAAUCACAGCCUGUUAUGUGAAACAAUUUAUAUCAGUAUAGUACAAACCUAUGCUUAUCAUUAAUGCAUUCCUUCUAAGUUAUUCAUCACAUACAGAUCCAAUUAUGAGAAAAAUAGAACCCAACACUUUGAAAAAGAUAUGGUUGUUCAAAAGACCAAUUAGUCGAAAAAAUAAAUGAAUUGGGCUGUCUGAACGCAGCCUCAAUAACGUGGCUAACGUUAGCUAGCUAACAAAACAUCAGAGGCUAGGUCACGUCCCUGUCAUAGGACCCAAACCCCAGCAAUCUAGUCAAGUACACACAGCUUUCAGCAAUGGCCAUAAACACAGCAGAGGUGUAUUCAUUACGUCUCGCAACAGAAACCGUUUACCUUUAAGAACCAAACUGAACGAAACGGUCAGGGACCUACCUGGAUUUGUCCAAUAGAAACUCUUGUUUUCGUUGCAAAACGUUUUCUGUUUGGAGUAAAAUGUUUGUUGCAAAACAGAAUCGUUGUAAUUAAUACACACCUGUUUUUCCUGUUGUGGGGUAGGUAACCCCGUCAGUGACUAUUUUUGUGAAAGGUUUGCAUUUUAUAUUAUUAAUGCAAAUACUGUACUAUUGAAAUGAACUAAUCCUACAAGGUUUCUAGGAUAAUUACACUUUUUCCCUGCAGAAUAACUCAAUCACUUGUGACAUAUCAGGUCAUGUUUAGAUUAAAGGGCGACUGCACUUCCUGAUUUGGCCUCGUUUUAGAUUUGGUUCAUUAAGAAAUGCUAGCGGCCAUGAUUAAAUUCAAACGUGAGUUGGUUUUGGGGUGUGGUUUGAUGUGGGUGUGUGUUCACAGAGGGGAAGAGUUAGCCAAAUUAUUCUGCCAAUUAUAUUCAGUCUGGUGUGAGCCCAUGGCGAAGUUGGUUUGACUUUGGAUAGCCUGUCUCUGGGGCUAGUUAGGGACCGCCAAAUAAAUGACACAAUGUAAAUUAGACAAUAUUUUCAUGUUGUGCACAUUCUAGUUUUCUCAUUAAAAAUUUCAAUAUGUGUAUAUUAAUUACUUAAACUCAAACCAACUAUACAUUUAAGUCAUUGAAAUUUGGAGCUAUUGGAAUUUUAAAAAUUGUCCCAUGUACAUUGUGUAAUUUACUGAUGGUCCCUAACUAGCCCAAAAGGGAUAUCUGUAGCUCAGUUGGUAGAGCAUGGCGCUUGCAACGCCAGGGUUGUGGAUUCGUUUCCCACGGGGGGCCAGUAUGAAAAUGUAUGCACUCACUAACUGUAAGUCGCUCUGGAUAAGAGCGUCUGCUAAAUGACUAAAAUGUAAAACAAUGUAAAUCUAAAGUGAACCCACAUUAACCACAGGCAUUAUGAUUGGGUCUUGCAGCUGCACUCUGAAUUGAUGAUCACUUGUGGGCAGGAUUGAAACAAAACGAACCUUCAUUUACAUUGUGACACAGUCACGACCACAAGUCUCACAAACUCAGUUUUGGACGACAAUGACUUUAUGACAAAUGACACUAUUUACACUUUCGUCCAUUUUGACAGAAUAAAUGUUUCUGACUCAUAUCGAGUUGCUCUUUAACAUAUCCUCUUUGCAGCUUACUCCCCACCAUUCCUCUUGAGUUAUUAGUUUACUCUUCUGCAGUUAUUUUGUUUGUUUGAUGGAUGACAUGGCACAACAUUUUGUUCAAGGCAGUCAGAAAUACUAGUAGCCUAAAUUAUAAUGCAUGUCAUUUAGCAUUAUCAAAGGAAGACAAAAUACACUGCUAGUGUCCAUUAGAUAGGUUGUCCAGUAAUUGUUCCCAAAUACUAACACAAUGAAUUGUAGGUACUUCUCUUGGUUAUGAAAUAAACAUAUAUGGAUGUUGUCCUCUGUCAGGUUUUGCAGACGGCAUCGGUUAAGAACCGGGGAGAAUGUGCCUUCAGUCCCCCGAGACUUACUACUGAUGCCAGAGAUGGUCCUACCUCGCUUCAUCAUCUGUAUCAUACAGUACCUAAGGGAUGGAUACACUGAACCAGGUGGGAGAAACAGCAUCUCACUAUGUCUACAGGAUACCCUAAAAGCACCUUUCAUAGCUGAUUGCAAUUAAACAGCCCUCAGAGAACAAAACAAAACAUUGUGGAGAAAUUGUUAGUUUACAACUUAUGUAGGUAAUUCUGCUUGUAUUCAUGAGCCCUUCUGCCACAUUUAAUUUCAUAACUUUUAUCAUACCUUGGACUCACAGACACAUCAACUGAGAGGGACCUACAGAAGGUCUUACAACAGCUGGAGCCCCAGAUCUCCUUCCUAGAAGAACUGACGAAGAUGGGAGGAGCAAUGAGAACUGUGCUGACAAAGAUCCUAACGAAUCAGCAAACAUUCAAGGACCUGAGCAUGGGUAAAUACAGUUGAAGUCGGAAGUUUACAUACACCUUAGCCAAAUACAUUUAAACUCAGUUUUUCACAAUUCCUGACAUUUUAAUCCUAGUUAAAAUUCCCUGUUUUAGGUCAAUUAGGAUCAUCACUUUAUUUUAAGAAUGUGAAAUGUCAGAAUAAUAGUAGAGAGAAUGAUAUAUUUCAGCUUUUAUUUCUUUCAUCACAUUCCCAAUGGGUCAGAAGUUUACAUACACUCAAUUAGUAUUUGGUAGCAUUGCCUUUAAAUUGUUUAACUUGGGUCAAAUGUUUUGGGUAGCCUUCCACAAGUGUCCCACAAUAAGUUGGGUGAAUUUUGGCCCAUUCCUCCUGACAGAGCUGGUGUAACUGAGUCAGGUUUGUAGGCCUCCUUGCUCGCACACGCUUUUUCAGUUCUGCCCACAAAUGUUCUAUAUGAAUGAGGUCAGGGCUUUGUGAUGGCCACUCCAAUACCUUGACUUUGUUGUCCUUAAGCCAUUUUUGCCACAACUUUAGAAGUAUGCUUGGGGUCAUUGUCCAUUUGGAAGACCAAUUUACGACCAAGCUUUAACUUCCUGACUGAUGUCUUGAGAUGUUGCUUCAAUAUAUCCACAUAAUUUUCCUUCCUCAUGAUGCCAUCUAUUUUGUGAAGUGCAUCAAUCCCUCCUGCAGCAAAGCACCCUCACAGCAUGAUGCUGCCACCCCCGUGCUUCACGGUUGGGAUGGUGUUCUUCAGCUUGCAACGACCCCCUUUUUCCUCCAAACAUAACAAUGGUCAUUAUGGCCAAACAGUUCUAUUUUUGUUUCAUCAGACCAGAGGACAUUUCUCCAAAAAAUACGAUCUUUGUCCCCAUGUGCAGUUGCAAACUGUAGUUUGGCUUUUUUAUGGCGGUUUUGGAGCAGUGGCUUCUUCCUUGCUGAGCGGCCUUUCAGGUUAUGUUGAUAUAGGACUCGUUUUACUGUGGAUAUAGAUACUUUUGUACCUGUUUCCUCCAGCAUCUUCACAAGGUCCUUUGCUGUUGUUCUGGGAUUGAUUUGCACUUUUCGCACCAAAGUACGUUCAUCUCUAGGAGACAGAAUGCGUCUCCUUCCUGAGCGGUAUGACGGCUGCGUGUUCCCAUGGUGUUUAUACUUGCGUACUAUUGUUUGUACAGAUGAACGUGGUACCUUCAGGCGUUUGGAAAUUGCUCCCAAGGAUGAACCAGACUUGUGGAGGUGUAAAAAAAAAAAUCUGAGGUCUUGGCUGAUUUCUUUAGAUUUUCCCAUGAUGUCAAGAAAAGAGGCACUGAGUUUGAAGUUAGGCCUUGAAAUACAUCCACAGGUACACCUCCAAUUUUUAUUUAUUUUUUAGUCAUUUUAGCAGACGCUCUCAUCCAGAGCGACUUACAGUUAGUGAGUGCAUACAUUUUCAUACUGGCCCCCCGUGGGAAUCGAACCCACAACCUUGGCAUUGCAAACGCCAUGCUCUACCAACUGAGCUACACGGGACUACAAUGACUCAAAUGAUGUCAAUUAGCCUAUCAGAAGCUUCUAAAGCCAUGACAUCAUUUUCUGGAAUUUUCCAAGCUGUUUGAAGGCACAGUCAACUUAGUGUAUAAACUUCUGACCCACUGGAAUCGUGAUACAGUGAAUUAUAAGUGAAAUAAUCUGUCUGUAAACAAUUGUUGGAAAAAUUACUUGGGUCAUGCACAAAGUAGAUGUCCUAACCAACUUGCCAAAACUAUAGUUUGUUAACAAGAAAUGUGUGGAGUGGUUGAAAAACGAGUUUUAAUGACUCCAACCUAAGUGUAUGUAAACUUCCGACUUCAACUGUAUGUCUGUUUCCACUUUCUCGUAAAGCCAUUGGUUGAAUGUUAUUCUGACCAUUGGGGGGGGAACUAUCAAAAGGUGAAAUUAUACUAAUCAAUAUUGCCAAACAAUAAUGAUUCAAUGCUCCACACAUGCCAUUGGUGUUAUGCUAAUGAAUGUCUAUUAGUUUAAUAAAUAUCUCAUAUGUAAAUAUGCCCUGUAGGUCAAGAAGAGAAUGUAUAUGCAAAAAAGAACUACGAGAACUACCUGUCAGCACUGAAGAACUCAGGCCUGGUGUCUGUGGAGGAGAAGGCCCAGACUGGGGCUGCAGAGCCCACACAAGGGGCUGAGACAGGGGCUCUGGUCUUACAGGGUAAGACCUCAUCCCCUCUUUUAGGAGUUGGAGCUCAAAAUAGUCCCUGAUUGCAUGCCAUGUUUUUGUAGUAUGGAAACAUAAUGGAAGUAGUGUUUCUCAAUUACUCAUUAAUCGAGGAAAUAAUGAAGUAAUGGCAGCCAUCCGUCUCCGCUCUGUUUUCCUUAGGAGCCGCAGCACCAGCCAGCCCUGAUGAGUCCAAUAAAGAGGUAUGUGAAUACUGUAUCAGAAUAGUUAGCCUUCUCAGUAUUGAAAUAUAGAUACAGUAGUUAUAAUACUUCACAUUAUGUUUUUCUUAAAGGAGGAUCAAGAUGGGGAGCAAUCUAUUGGACAGAGAAAGAGGGUGAAACUUAGUAGCACUACCAAAGGUAAUUUACAUAACAUGCAUUACAUUCUAUGUAAUGAUGAAUAAUACACUGAUAUUUUAUGUGAAACUCAAUAUUGGCUGGAGACACCAGUUAGAAUAAUGUAUAUUCUGUCCUUAGAUCCAUCCAUUAUGGACUCUCUUAAACACAAAUGUUUUCUGGAGGAGUUGCUGUUUUGGACAAUAAAGUACGAGUUUCCUCAGAAGAUGGUUACUUUUCUACUGAACAUGCUGCCAGAUCAAGACUACAAGGUAUGUCUUUCAGGUUGUAGCUAAGUGUAGUGGCUCUGCUGCAUUCUUGCUUAGAGAAGCUGUUAUGACUGUAGAAUGUAGAACAUUAUUACCUGUUUGUUGUCCUUUUUUUGCUUUGUAGAUCACCUUCACGAAAACAUUUGUUCAACAUUAUGCAUUUAUUAUGAAAACUCUGAUGAAAAGCCAUGAGUCGGAUACCAUGUCCAACCGCAUCGUACAUAUCAGUGUACAGCUGUUCAGCAAUGAGGACCUAGCACGUCAUGUGACGGAGGAGUGUCAACUACUAGACAUCAUGGUCACUGUCCUCCUCUACAUGAUGGAGAGUUGCCUCAUCAAAAGUGAACUUCAAGGUGAGCUAUGUUUAAAUGACCAUACUGAUGAGUGGAUUGUUUCACUGACUUCAUGAAUCUAAACUGCUUCCCACACUACUGAGCCUAAUUGUGUUCUGUCACUCUUUUCCUUAUUUUCAGAUGAAGAGAACAGCCGCCAUGUUGUGGUAAACUGCAGCGAGGCUCUGCUGAAGAACAAUACUUACUGGCCUUUAGUUAGCGAUUUUAUUAAUAUUCUCUCACACCAAAGUGUAGCAAAGAAAUUCCUGGAGGACCACUCACUGCUCAUGCUGUGGAUGAGCUUUGUGUCCUUCUUUCAAGGUAAUUCCCUGUGGAUUUAAGAAUCUGAAUAGCAGCGGUAGUUGGGACUGUGUUAUGUGUCAGCAUUUGCCCCAAGGAUGACUAAUCAUUAUUCUCUGGUAGCAUAGCUGGUGUGAUUUUAGUAUGAUCUUUAUCUAUUCGAGUCAUACUGUCAUCUGUCUCUGUUAAAGACCCAAUGUAGUCAAAAAUGUGAUUUUUUUCCUGUGUUUUUAUAUAUAUUUCUACACUAGGUUGGAAUAAUAUUGUGAAAUUGUGAAAACUAUGAUAUUGCCUUUUUAGUGUAAGAGCUGUUUGAAAAGACCGCCAGAAAUGUCAGCCUGUUUUGGAGAGAGGGUGUUUUGGCCUGACUGGUUACAUCACCAGGCUGUAAAUUGGUUAAUAGACCAAUAAGAAAGAGUUCCAAACGUCUUUGCCAAUAACGGCUCGUUUUCAGUUUUCCCCUCCCCAAUCAGACCACUCUCAGAAAGUCCUAGCAAAAUUAUUGCUUGAGAAAUUUGCUAAGAAGCUAUUUUUGACAAUUUUAAUUGAAAACAAUCACAGUAAGGUAACCAGAAAUGAUUUGAUAUUGAGAUAAAAACGGCUGCAUUGGACCGUUACUAUCUGCUUAGUCAUAUGAUGCAAUAUUAGCCCUCUGUUAUUCCCUUCCGUUGAUGGUAGUCACUGCUUAUAUAGUUGGUCACAAAUUGCUAUAGCUGAGCAAGAUGUCCAGCAAAACGGAUGUUAUGGCACAUCGAAGGCAACUUUAUAUUUUACUCUUAUAGUAAUUGAACCUGACAAAGACAAUUAUGGCGCAUGUGACUCCUUGGGCUCUUUCUAAAUUGCAGCAGGUGACUGCCGACUGACUGCAUCAUAAAUAAAUACUCAUUAUUUGUAGAUCAGUCAGUCACCAUUUUCCCACAAUGCAUCAUGGAUUGAAUGCUCUCAAACACAGGCCUUGUGUCUAUUUGAAUUGUUGUCUGUGCAGCACUCCUGCUGUGUCCACCAUAACCCUAAAAAUAACCCCUGGCCGCAGAUACUGUGGGCUGGAGUAUCCACUUACUUAGGCAAGGUGCAGAGAGCAUAGUGCCACUAUGUGAGUGUAGACUGCCCUUACAUACAUGGGUUUCCCCCCAUUCUUAGACUUAUCUAGAUGUCAACAAAUAUGUUUUCCAGGUUAACAUUGCUUUGUCUUUGUGUCCCUUAAGCUGUUUUAGUGAAUGAGACCACUGUAAUGCUAUCUGUUAUGUGAUGACUAACCCUGAAAGCUCUUGUCUGGUCCUGUAGGUAUGAACUUGAAUAAGCGGGAGUUGAGUGAGCACGUGGAGUUUGAGUCCCAGACAUACUAUGCAGCAUUUGCAGCAGAGUUGGAGGCCUGCGCACAACCAAUGUGGGGUCUCCUCACACACUGCAAAGUCAAAGUGAGUCCAAUAUCCCUCUUAAAUAUAAUGCACAUCACAUUAAAGCUAUUUGACAUUCAGGUGUUAUGCACAGAAACCGUUAGGAAAAUGAUUACACCAUGAAUCAUUGUUUAUUUGCAGGAGACACAGGAAUAUACCAAAACGGUGGUGCGUUACUGCUUGGAGACUCUGCAGAUCUGGUUUGAUGCCAUUGGCUUUGUAGAUGAGGUAACUCCGCAAAUAUGCACAACAGUCAGGAAGCAUUUGUAGACCAACGUUUCCUUUAGUGUUUAUAUCUGGUCUCUGUUUCUCUGUAGCUUGCUCCAAAUCAAGUGACGUUUCACCUGCCACUGCACCGCUACUACGCCAUGUUCCUAAGCAAGGUAUGGUAGAUCUAUAACACUUUAUAAGUUCUGUUCCUACCGCUUUAAGUCCUCUUUUGCAGUGAGUUGACUGUGUAUAUUGUCUCACAGGCAGUGAAGUGCCAGGGGCUUGACCUGGAGAGUCUACUCCCAGACCAAGAGAUGCUCAUGAGGAUCAUGGUCCAUCCACUCCAGAUUCAGGUAUUGCACCAAUACAGGACCAUUACACAUGUAAUUUCAAUGCCUUGAUAAUGCCUCAAAUAUCAGAAGAAGUUGUGGGUGAAUGUCACACAAUGUCUGAAAAGGAAAGGCUGACUUCCCCCUUAUACCCAAACAGUUAUUAGUGUCUUUUAAAUACACUACCGGUCAAAAGUUUUAGAACACCUACUCAUUCAAGGGUUUUUCUUUAUUUUUACUAUUUUCUACAUUGUAGAAUAAUAGUGAAGACAUCAAACUAUGAAAUAACACAUAUGGAAUCAUGUAGUAACCAAAGAAGUAUUAAACAAAUCAAAAUAUAUUUAAUAUUUUAGAUUCUUCAAAUAGCCACCAUUUGCGUUGAUAACAGCUUUGCGCACUUGGCAUUUGCUCAACCAGCUUCACCUGGACUGCUUUUCCAACAGUCUUGAAGGAGUUCCCACAUAUGCUGAGCACUUGUUGGCUGCUUUUCCUUCACUCUGCGUUCCGACUCAUCCCAAACCAUCUCAAUUUGGAGGCCAGGUCAUCUGAUGCAGCACUUCAUCACUCUCCUUCUUGGUAAAAUAUCCCUUACACAGCCUGGAGGUGUGUUGGGUCAUUGUCCUGUUGAAAAACAAAUGAUAGUCCCACUAAGCCCAAACCAGAUGGGAUGGCGUAUCGCUGCAGAAUGCUGUGGUAGCCAUGCUGAUUAAGUGUGCCUUGAAUUUUAAAUAAAUCACAGACAGUGUCACCAGCAAAGCACCCCCAGACCAUAACACCUCCUCCAUGCUCAUCCGUUCACCCACACUGCGUCUCACAAAGACACGGCGGUUUGAACCAAAAAUCUCAAAUUUGGCCUCCAGACCGAAGAACAAAUUUCCACCGGUCUAAUGUCCAUUGCUCGUGUUUCUUGGCCCAAGCAAGUCUCUUCUUAUUAUUAGUGUCCUUUAGUAGUGGUUUCUUUGCAGCAAUUCGACCUUGUAGGCCUGAUUCACGCAGUCUCCUCUGAACAGUUGAUGUUGAGAUGUGUCUGUUACUUGAACUCUGUGAAGCAUUUAUUUGGGCUGCAAUUUCUGAGGCUGGUAACUAAUUAACUUAUCCUCUGCAGCAGAGGUAACUCUGGGUCUUCCAUUCCUGUGGCGGUCCUCAUGAGAGCCAGUUUCAUCAUAACGCUUGAUGGUUUUUCGACUGCACUUGAAGAAACUUUCAAAGAUCUUGAAAUGUUCCGUAUUGACUGUCCUUCUUGUCUUAAAGUAAUGAUGGACUGUCGUUUCUCUUUGCUUAUUUGAGCUGUUCUUGCCAUAAUAUGGACUUGGUAUUUUACCAAAUAGAGCUAUCUUCUGUAUACCCCCCCCCCCCCCCCCCUACCUUGUCACAAAACAACUGAUUGGCUCAAACACAUUAAGAAGGAAAUACAUUCCACAUAUUAACUUUUAAGAAGGCACACCUGUUAAUUCAAAUGCAUUCCAGGUAACUACCUCAUGAAGCUGGUUGAGAGAAUGCCAAGAGUGUGCAAAGCUGUCAAGGCAAAGGGUGGCUAUUUUAAGAAUCUCAAAUAUAAAACAUAUUUUGAUUUGUUUAACACUAUUUUGGUUACUUCAUGAUUCCAUAUGUGUUAUUUCAUAGUUUUGAUGUCUUCACUAUUAUUCUACAAUGUAGAGAAUAGUAAAAAUAAAGAAAAACCCUUGAAUGAGUAGGUGUUCUAAAACUAUUGACCUUUAGUGUAUAUGAGUAGGAGGACUGGCUGUUUUAAAGGAUUCCUGUGUGACUGUGUACUCUGGAGAUGCCUUAAUGUUUGUUCAAUGUACUGUAUACAGUAGGUACAUUGCAUUUUAUGUUAAUGUCCCUUGUGUUUUUCUUAUAGGCAAGCCUGUCAGAGAUCCACAGUAACAUGUGGGUCAGAAAUGGUCUGCAAAUCAAAGGACAGGCUAUGACCUACGUGCAGUCUCACUUCUGCAACUCUAUGAUCGAUCCAGACAUCUUUCUGCUCCAGGUAUAGACUACUUUCUUCAAGGUGAUUGCAACAUUAGGGAUUGUUAUAAUGUCAUAAACUCCAUUCUAAAAAUGUUCUUACCAAUCUGUCGAUAGGUGUGUGCGUCAAGGCUAGAUCCCGACUACUUCAUUUCUUCAGUGUUCGAGAGGUACGGUCGGACCUGUUGGAAAAGUCCUUUCGAUUUGUCAUUUUUCGCUGAACUUGAUUGACCUUGUUUAUCAUCACCCAUUGAAAAAUCCAAUUUUUAAUAACUUGAUGAAGAGUAGCCCACAGGUUUUACUGGCAGUAACAUGUAUUUCAUAUACAGAUUCAAAGUGGUGGACCUGUUGACCAUGGCCUCUGUGCACCAGAAUACUGUACUGGACGGUGAGCAGGAGAGGCCAAUGCUGGAGGGAGCCUUGACGUUUCUCGUCAUCUUGUCCAGUCUUCGCAUCCACUUGGGUAAGUGCAGGUACAACAAGGGAGAAGGAAAUUGUACAUGAAAAACAAUUGGAAUAUUUGUAUCAUGCUGACUAUAUUGGCAUUAUCCAUAGAUUAUACAUUUGUAAUGAAUAUUUCUCCCUCUCAUUGAUAGGCAUGUCAGAUGAUGAGAUUCUCCGAGCCGAGAUGGUCUCCCAACUGUGCAUGAACGAUCGUACCCACAGUUCACUGUUGGACCUCGUAUCCUCACUGUUUUAUCAGCCUCACAAUUCCCAGUAUAAUUAAUUUAAUAUCCUUACCCGUGGUCAGUAUGUUCUCACUUUGAUUCUCAUUAUGAGUUGUUGUUCGCUGUAUAUUUGGUCUCUAGAUUUUCUGUGGUCAGUGGUAAAUGUUUUUCUGAAGAGCUUGUUUGUUCCCUUGGUAGAAUGUGUAAUUGUGUUGUCACUGUUCUACAAAUUGGAAAACCCACCAAAACACCUUGUUUUCAUCAGACCUUCCCCCUGUUGGUACAUGUGACUUUGAUUGUGACUAGUUUAAUCGAUGUAAAAUUGCAUAUUUUAACACGCAGCAAACAGUCUUGCAUUUUCACUUUUUGGGAUCACCUUUAUUAUGCUGCACAUUUGCCUGGUUGCAUACUUUCCUGAAGUGAAUAUUCAGAUUCCUGAGAAUCCCAACCCCAAGAGUGGGAUUGUUCCAGGAAGUUGCAGCUUUGAGGAGAUGCUGUCGGCCGUGGCUGACUUCAAAGCCCCCGUGUUUGAACUAGGGGGUUCCAUGCAGCAGGGCAUGUACACACCUAAAGGUAAGUUGUCUGUUGUAGCUCCUGGCUUGGGAUGUGUUCACUAGGUAAAGAACGUAAGCAAACAGAACUCAACAGGGAGGGACCUACAUGAAUUUGUCCAAUAGAAACUCUUGUUUUCACUUCAAAACGUUUUACUACGGUGCAAAAGUUUUGCUACGAUGUGUGACUAAUGAAUACAUGCUGUCCAAAGGCUUUGUUGGAUCAACACCAAGCAUAUUGUUUUCCAUUCAACAUAAUCACAGGUGCUUUUUCACCAGUCUGCCUUGAGAGGGCACUCAUGCACCACAAUUGACUAUAGUUUUACCCAUGCAGAAACCUAAGGACUUGCACAAAUCACAAGACUGAAUCAAGACAAGGUCCCUGUUGAAGACUUAAUUAUUGCCCUGCACACGUUUGAAAUUGUGAUGCCCUUCAGGCAGUUACAUCAAUACCCUUUUUCUCCCCUAUUACCUGAUAUAGGCCAUUGCUGAGAGCAGUGUCUUUUUAAGUCCAUGGCUGUUAUAAAGCAUUGUCCCUUUUAUGGUAUCAGAUCAGGAUUUGGCUCAUUAGGUGUCCUAUACUAAUGUCAGCCUUAUGAUUUUGUUUUAAAUUGAAGUUUAUACACAGUCAUUGCCAUUGCGACUCCAAAUUUACUGUCAUAGCACAUUCCACUUGGGGGCAGGCUAAAACCACUUUCUGAGCGCUCAGGAGAAAAAAAUAAUGAAUUGUAUGUCAACGUGACUUUUUAGCAGGUGUUCCUAAAGGAUUGGUCUUUUUUUUCCAGCGGAGGUGUGGGAGAAGGAGUUUGACCCCAUCAUGGUUAUUCUCAGAACAGUCUACCGUCGUGAUGUCCAGUCAGCAAUGGACAGAUACUCAGCAUUGUAAGUUAACAGUCACUAAGUGCAUUGUCUCCAGCAAGAAGUUAAUGUUUUUUUUAAAGCAUGUGAAUAGUGUUCAGGUUUUGAAUGACUAUUUAUGAAUACAUAGUUAUUUUAACAGUACAUUCAGUAUUGUCAAACCGAGCGGGUGGGUGUCAUGCCCUGCUUAAUAAUAAUAAUAAUAAUAAUAAUAAUAAUAAUACUUUUUUAAAUUUGUAAAGUGCUUUUCUCAGACCCAAGGUGCAAUAAAAAAAUUAAUAAUAAUAAAAACAAUCCAAAACCUAGAACACAGACAAAAAUCAAAGCUGUAUACAGGUGUCGCCAGAUUCGGACGACAUGAGAACAGAAUUAGCAGAGGUUCUUGAAAGCUUUUCUGAACAGCACGGUCUUGAUCUGUGCCUUAAAGAAGGACAGACACUCUGCAGCCUUAAUAGUGUCUGGAAGUGUGUUCCAUAGCCGUGGAGCCGCGCAACUGAAAGCCCUGUCACCCAUAGUUUUUAGUCUGUUGCAGGGCUGCUGAAGGGAGAUGGACCUGGAGGAGUAAAGGGUGCGUGUAGUGCAGGAGGGUAGAAUGAGGUCAGACGGGUACUUGGGUCCAGAGUUGUGGAUAGCUUGGUAGAUGUGAACCAGGAUUUUGUAGUCGAUGCGUGAGCAUAUGGGGAGCCAGUGGAGGUUGAACAGCACUGGAGUAAUGUGCUCGUGAGGGGAGGUGUGGUUGAGGACAUGUGCAGCACAUUUCUGGACAUAUUGUAGCCUGUUUAGGCACUUGACAGAUGCGCCAACAAAAAGGGCGUUACAAUAGUCCAGACGGGAUGAAAUAAAGGCAUGGAUGAGUCGCUCAGCUGCAGGUUGUGAUGGCAUAGGUUGUAACCUGGCAAUGUUCUAUAGAUGGAAAAAUUAGACUUACAGGGUCGCUGUUCCCACCUGCCCUUGAAGGGAGGGAAGAGAGGGGUUAGGCCAACAUAGUGAUAGGGUUGGUUCCAAUGAUUUUACUCGACAGUGAACUAAAUGUCUUAAUGGCAAACUGUAAUAGAAUUGAGGAAAUCCUUUCUUGUUAGAUUUAGGUUGGACGUCUCCGAAGACAAAUGUGAUGGUUGGGGUGAAAGCUAUACUGUUAGGUUAAUUUCCUGAAGAUCUCUUUAAGAUGUGAAGUGACUAAAUAUACUGAAGUGUCCUCUCCUGGCAGCCCUUCUUAAUUUGAAAUAGCAGUUUAAGGGCAAGGAAAGAUUACAUGGGUAAUGUUUUUUUUGUUUUUUUUCUCUAUGAUUUCUUCAAUACCAAAUGUAGGCUAUAUUGAACAAAGGCAAUUUUAGAAAUCCAAGCAAUUCAAUCCAUGUUGAACAAGAAAUAAGAAUAAUUUUGAUUUCACAAAAAAAAUGUAUGCACGCAUGACUGUAAGUCGCUUUGGAUAAAAGUGUCUGCUAAAUGGCAUAUUAUUAUUAUUAUUAUUAUUAUUUCUGUUUGGUAUUUUUAGAUUAUCACUUCAUCAAAACUACAUUCUAGUACGGAGCGUAGUAAACGUGGUGUCAUGACAGGUUAUCAUAUUUCCCCACCUCCGUCUGUGAUAUCAGGCUUAUGUUACUCGUUCACACUGUUUGAAUAUGAUGGAUUGCCUGUCAGCCAGGCCACAUUUUAUAUAACCGUGAGACUUUUCAGCUGAUCGGCUGUUACAUUGCGUAGACAAAGUGCAUUUAUUAUCCCCAAUUACGUGAUUACGAUCUUCCCAACGGGCUCAGGAGAGGAGACGGUCGAGUCAUGCGUCCUCCGAAACAUGUCCCGCCAAACCGCGCUUCUUAACGCUCGCUUAAGGUGACCCCUGGGCUUGGACAACCAGGCGCGCUUAACCCGGAAGCCAGCUGCACCAAUGUGUCGGAGGAAACACUGCCACAAGGAGUCGCUAGAGCGCGAUGAGCCAAGUAAAGCCCCCCCCCCCCCCCCCCCCCCCCCUUAGACCGCUGCGCCACUUGGGAGCCCAUAGGCAAAGGUUUUGUGUGGUAAAUUACUCGGGAGAUUAUUUAAUGUCACAUUAUUACCUAUGUGUUUGUGAUGUUGGAUUGAUCUCUAUUGAUUGUUCUUUUGAAUUGACCGUAUUAUUGCUUGGAAUUUACCUGAUUUGUUGUUGUAUCCAGCUUGAAACAGUCUGGGAUGCACACGACAGGGAAUCCAUGGCCGCCUUACAAAGAGCGGACUCCUCUGCACCUAUGUUACAAAGGCCUGGAUAGGCUGUUACACUGCAAGACGCUGCACAUUGUCAUCUUCACACUGCUUUACAAGGUGACCCUUCCAACACCUCUCUUCAUUCAUAUUAUUAAUCGCUUUAUUUGUCCCUCAAACACCUGUGCAUCCGAAUUUCAUUGUCUUUGAUAUAACUGAUGGUGAGAUUGCCCUAUGGUUGAAUUUGGCAGAACUAUAAUGAAGUGUUUUGUUUUAGAUCUGGCUGGAUCACUCCAACAUGUCUGAGCACGUUCUGUGCAUGGUGCUCUACCUGAUUGAGCUGGGCUUGGACAACCAGGUUCAAGAGGACAAGGAGGAUGAGGUUAGACUUUCAGCCACUCAAAGACUACGUUCAUUAGUUUCCUCUAGUUUCUUCCUAUGUGUUCUUCACAUUAACCUCCUGCCUCAUGUUCUGUGACUAGGAGCCUUGCAUUGAAGAGCACUGCCAUGACAGCUGGUUCCCAGGCACCAACCUCCUGUCCAACCUGCACCAUGUCAUCAACUACGUUAGGGUGAGGGUGCCUGAGACUGCCCCCGAGGUGAAGAGGGAGCGGGAGCCCCCUGCCAGCACCAGCGCUGAGGCGUCCAACUUCGGCCAGGUCAGAUAACAUCCUGUCUAUACCCUGCCUGCACACUGGGUGGUACUGCCUCGACUCAUGUAUUCAUACUACUGUACAGGUCAUGUUCAGAGUCUGUGCUCAGAAUUGCUUGCCUCAGGGUAGAUGAGGUAUAAUGUUCCUUCAAUGUGUUCGGUAUACUGGGUAUUUUUGUAUUAUGUAGCCUGUCGUAUCCUCUUUUGUUGUGGAGAGGUCGCUCUUUGCCAGGGUCAUAUGUGUUAAAGGCACUUACGUAUGUUGUUUUGCCGUACUUUUGUUCCACAGAAUUCCAGGCGUCUGACAGGGAAUUGGAGAGAGGUAGCUGUUUGCAUUUGAGUGUUUGUUUGGUCUUAUUAGAAAGACCUGGUUGAUGUCCUCAGGGCCUUGCAGUGUGUUCUGUUCUGACCGUUGUGUAAAAACUCAUGACAACGUUAUUCUCUUCAUGUUUGUGUCUUAUGAUUUGUAGCCAUUUUUAGGUUGCAGUCUGUUUUUUUUUGUUGUUUUUUUGUGUGUAGUGUUUUGCUCUGAUGGGGUUGAAACUAAUUAAGUGUAUAAUGUGAUUCUGGGUAAACGCUUUUUAACUGCAUGUCACCUUGAUUGAUGGCGCUCCGACUGGGCUGUGUGAUGUAUGUUUAUUUAACAGUGCUCCCGUCCAUUGUCAGGGCAGGUUAUCACAACGUUUUUCACGUGUAAGGCGGGGGGGGUGUUGAAUUUUCUCAAAAUAUGAACUAGCAUGUCCUCCCUCUAAUGUAGGGAGUCAGGAUCCAUCAUGCCAAAAUGGCUUUCUGUGAUGUUUUAUUUGAGCAGUGUUUGAACUCGCUGGCAUUUGUGUCGUGUACAUGAAACACAGCGUUUUGACAAGGACCGGAUGAAUUGGAAGGAAAGGUGGUCACAUGGGUGUCUCUUGUUCCCCAUCAUCUGCAUGUGUUUAUUGAGAGGGCCAUUGUUUGGAAAGCAGGUCUGUGUGUGUGUGUAGGAGAGAGAUCUGAUGUGUGCCUCUGCUAUUGUAGAAUGUGCGGGAGGCGCAGGUGUUCAGCCUGGUGGCGGAGCGCCGGAGGAAGUUCCAGGAGAUCAUCAACCGCAACAGCACCGAGGCUAGCCAGGUGGUGCGGCCCAAGAGCAGCUCCACGCGCUGGGUCCCGCCCGGCACGCCUCCCCAGCUGGUCACCGAGAUCCUGGAGAUCCACGAGAGCAUGCUCUCCCUGCUCAUCAAGCUGCACCAGAAGCUGUCGGCCAAGCAGAACUCUCUGUCGGCCACUUGGCUGGAGGACAUGGACGCCAACCCAAACCGCCACGUCCACGGGGACGGCAUCACCGCCAUCGAGCGCAUCCUCACCAAGGCGGCCAGGCGCAGCCACCAGAGCAAGCGCAGCAUCCAGGAGAUCUGUGGGAAGGUCUUUCCUCCCGUCGCUCCCAAGAAGAACAGCCCCACUGCCAAGAAGACCAUGGAUAAGGAGGAGAGGUUUGUUACAGGCGCUCACUCCGUUUGCAAAACCAUCAUCACCAACUUAUGUGGUGUCACUUUAUUUUACAACACUUAAAUUGUAAUAUAAUAAUCAACGUUAAAAGGUUUCAAUGUGAGGACUUUAUUAGCUUUUGAAAUGAGAAACUCUUUUGAAGUUGUUCAAAGGGCAUCUGCAGAGUAUGAAUUUGUAUUCUGUAAGCCCCCUGGGGUUGACUCGGCCCGCAGACAAAGACAAAGGUAGCACCUCAGGGCUCUACAGUGCGACCAUUUUACUCGUCUAUGCACCUAAAUAUUUUGCUGAGCGACCUGCAAUUUUUAUUUGGGAGCACCAGUGUGCCUAGAAUAAUAUAAGAUUCUAGCUUUAAUAUCUCAAAUAUUUAAAAUUGUGCUAGUAAAUUUCUUUGUGAGCCUACAUUCUUCAAUUUAGGCGCAUACGUGCUCCUUGUAAAAAAAAAAAAUCAAAUAAAAUGUCAGUGUAGAGCCCUGCUAUCGGGCCGUUGCCAGGGCGACUGUGGGCCAGCCAAUGGCAGAGGAAGCCGAAAGGGGGUGCUGCACAUUUCUCAGGCGGGCUGUCUGUGCCCCUGAAGCUGUCAGUGGGAAUUACUGAGCUGUGACACUCCUGUCACCAUUUGUUUAUGUCCUCUUAUUAGGGGUCUCUAUUUACAGUCAACCCUGCUCCCUUCAAGUCUGCACAGGAGCUACCGCCAGCCACAUUAAGGAAAUAAUCACCUUCACAGCCCAGCACCCAGUCACAUACUGUAGCCUUGUUCAAAAUAGACUCUUACUUUCUAGUUUGUAUGUAUCAUUGUCCAAUGCUACAAAGCCAAUCUCACAUGAUCUAGUAUGCCUUUUGUGGUGGCGUCUGAUGAAAAACACUCUCUGGAAAUGGUAAUGUACUGGUGGGUGAGUGGUGGUGAUUUAAUGGCUAGCCAGUGAGAGAAGGGCUUUCAGUGUUUUAAUAAAACCAAGCAUUUCCACUUACCCAUGGAAGCUGUUGCUAUGGAGAUGGGUUAACCCCAUCAGUGAAGAGAAUAGGCAUUAGUCCUGCAUCAGAAUAAUGGAAGCCUGGGCCAUAUGCCUCAGCACUCUAUUUUAAGUACAUAUUACCCCCUGUAUAUAGCCUCCCUACUGAUAUUUUAUUUUACUGCUGCUCUUUAGUUAUUUGCUUUAAUUUUUUUACUUAACACUUAAAAAAUGCAUUGUUGGUUAAGGGCUUGUACGUAAGCAUUUCACUGUAAUGUCUACACCUGUUGUAUUCGGCGCAUGUGGCAAAUAGAAUUUGAUUUGAUUAGAAUAACUCCAUAAGAUGUUUUGUUUGUUUUAUUUGUGGUGCUGUCACCACGAGUUUCAGACUAUUUCCACGGUAUGCAACACUUUGACAGUUAUGUGAAAUGGUUUGACUGUGACUUUUGUAUUGAUGACAGUUUUAAAUGUAAGAAAUCUUCUGUGAUUUUAAGUUUUGUUUUCCUUUCAGGCGUCAGAGGGCUCGAGAGAGACAGCAGAAACUCCUGGCUGAGUUUGCCUCCAGACAGAAGAGUUUCAUGGAAACAGCCAUGGAUGUUGGUAAGGGAGUGAUUCAUUUGGUCCUGCAGCAUUUCUCAUUCUCAAAGCUCAGUCCUAUUGUUCCCCCAUCUAUGAAUUAUUGUGGAUGUUGG